AUGAAGAAGGUCAUCCUUGAUAAAGUUCGAUGUCCAUCACCUACCACUAAUUGUACCACGACUCUCUUGCAUACCUCUGGUGAAAUUUUGCCAUUCCCAUCCUCCUCUGCUAACUCGAUUGCUACCUCCUCUUCCUCACCUUUGGCAUGCUCUCCAACGUCGACCACAACGGAUGGCUCUGCAACAAGCCUUAAUGCGCUCAUGCUGACAAGCCUUUCAACUUCGGGAGGAGCCGUUGCACUUUCUGAGCCCGCCAAUUCUCUAACUGCUUCUACGAAUAUGUUACCACUUCCAAUUCCUAUUGCCACGAGUCAUAAGUCAUCAUCCUCUCCAACUACAUCAAGUACAACACCAGUACUACCAACCAUGAACAAUACAACAACUGUUCUCUUAAUGCAAGGAUCAUCGAUGGAUAUCAUGAACGAAGAAUCAAGCCUUACUUUGGACAAGCAACGUAAAAGAAAAAUCUACAAGAGAGCUCAUUCCAGUUCUGUAACUUCGCAUCCAAGCAAUCCAACCGUCAUUAGUAUUCAUCUCUCUCCUACGAGUAAGGGAAUUGAAGAGGAAUUACCUCAGGACAUGUCCGACGAAGUCGAUGAGGCUCGUGAUGCCUCCUCCUCUCAUGAUGAAAAAGAUGCUGAUUUUGUAUUGGAUCAUGUGGAUGAGACCGAUGAUGAGGAAGAUGAGGAUGAAGAUGAAGAAUUGGAAUUAAUGAUGGAUGAAGAGGAUGAAGAAUAUUCACGUCCUAAGGCUAAAAAGCAAACUAAGAAAAAGAAGGCUAGUACGACGACUGCUCACUCGACCAACAAGCGAGGCUCCUCCAAGAAGAAAUCUCCUUCAUCUCCGACGAGUACUUGCUCUACAACCACAACUAGUAUUGAUGCAUUGGAUGCUCAUCAACAAACACAAACCAUGUGUUGUCUUAAAGGAUGUGAUCAUCCCAUUAGCAAUCGUUUGAGAUUCUCAUUGAGAGUGUGUAGUGAAGAUGAUUUCAAGAGUGAUUAUGUGCAAAGAGGUUUUAAUUGGGUAUGCAAUUAUCACUACUUUCAUGAUUUGUACUUGUACAAGAAGAAUCAAAAGGGAGAUUCCAACUCGACCAAUCGAAAGAAAAAGGCUUCAAAGAAGAAGUCAAACACAUCGAGUACAAGCACAGCGAAUACAGCAGUGGUUGAGACCUCAAGUAAUAAUACAGCGAGUAUGAUAGCUCCAACAACAAGCAACAAUACUGGUGAAGUGAACUCGAGUGCUCUCUUGCAAAUUGUGUCAGCCUCUCUCCAAGCCAAUACUACCAUUGCUACGAACACUCACAAUAACAUGGAAUUGAGUCAACUCUUACAACCAUCACUCGCUCCUGCACUCACUGAAUCCUCACAAGAUUCCUCAAUGACUAAGAGAAAGAGAUCAAGCUCCAAUGCAUCUUCUCCAAGUAAGAAGAAGAAGCAACAAUCGGUUGGUGGUGCUGUAUUGAACACUUCAACGAAUAUUUCACUCUCCACCAGUGCACCUGCAAUUACAGUGUCCUCAACCAUUCUUUCCAUGUCCCCUGCAACAUCACAAAAGACAAUUUCACCAACCAAACAGGAACGAAAGAGAUCUAAAUCUUCUCCAAAGAAGCCUCUGAAGAUUGAUGUUUCUGCAAACACUCUUCAAGUACCAACGAACAAUAUGUUUGUGCAACCAUCACCUGUGCACACUGAUGAUGUGAUUGCACUCAUUAACUUUGUAUCUCAUGCAAAUCAAUAA